UCUCCGGCAGCGCACCCAGCCUGUCCGGCAGCGGCGGCUCAGAGCGCCGGGGAGCGACACGGAGCGGACUCGGGGAGCAGACGCCCUUCGGCCGGAAGGGAGCACACUGCGCGUCAGAGGACGGAGCUCGCAUCUGGGUGGAGCUGUGCUGCUGUGGAGCUGCGGCGGACGGAGAUGCGGCUCCAGCCGGGCUCAGAGCGCCGCGCAGUCCGCCUGCGAGGCUGGUGAUGCCCGCCGCGCGGGGAUCCCCGCCCAGCAGCCGCAGGAGGAGGACGGAGGAGAGCCGACUAGGAUGGUAGAGCGGCCGGAGCAUGUCUGCGAUCACCGGCACCGUCAUGCUGAAGUGCGUCGUGGUCGGAGACGGCGCGGUGGGGAAGACGUGUCUGCUGAUGAGCUACGCCAACGACGCCUUCCCUGAGGAGUAUGUGCCCACCGUGUUCGACCACUAUGCAGUGAGCGUCAACGUGGGAGGAAAGCAGUACCUGCUGGGACUGUAUGACACAGCGGGCCAGGAGGACUACGACCGGCUGAGGCCGCUGUCCUACCCGAUGACCGACGUCUUCCUCAUCUGCUUCUCCGUGGUCAACCCGGCCAGUUUCCAGAAUGUGCGUGAGGAGUGGGUACCGGAGCUGCAGGAAUAUGCCCCCAGCGUCCCGUACCUGCUCAUCGGUACUCAGAUCGAUCUUCGUGAUGACCCCAAAACCAUCUCCAAACUGAAUGACAUGAAGGAGAAGCCCAUCACAUCGGAGCAAGGACAGAAGCUGGCAAAGGAGAUCGGGGCUUGUUGCUAUGUGGAGUGUUCGGCUCUGACCCAAAAGGGCCUAAAGACGGUGUUUGACGAGGCCAUCAUUGCCAUCCUGACUCCAAAGAGAAAGAGGGGAUCUUUGAAGAGAAGACUGGCCCCGCGCUGCAUCAACUGCUGUCUGAUCACGUGAUACCAAAACUCCAGAUUAUUUACCAACCAAUCCGCCAGCAGACUGGAGGCAAGAGUUGCAGGAGGAAAAGUCACGGAGCAGACAGACGAACAACCAGAAAGGAUAAAACAAGAGCUACUUUUACAGUAGGGCUCUGAAGGGCCACGAUGCUCUCCUGCUGUCCAGCACAGACUGAGGAUUCAGUUUUCUACCAAAGGAGCACAGCGCCCAGUCAUUCUCUUCUAUUUUAAGACUUCUGCCUCAAAAGUACCUUAUUUUAUAACCAUUUUAGUCAUUUUCUUCCUUUAUAAAUGUUGCUGUAUGCUGUCAUACAAAAACCGAUAUUUCAGGUUUCAGAGAAAUGCUGUACUAUGAAGUUUUUGUUUCCUGAUGGUAGCCUUUCUGUUUGAAAUAACACGCUAACAAAUGAUGUGUGAGAAUAACACGAAAAGUAACAGCUAUUUAAAUGACAGAUUGUAGACCAAGCAAUGUAUUAUUAUGAACUUUUCUUUUCAGCAAAUGUUUUAUAGUACAGCAUGACAAAUAUACAGUGAGUUAAAAUGGAGCCGAUGUUUUCAUAGGAAAAAAAAAAGAUUUAUUAUCCAUUUUCUAGAAUAUUCAGAGUUUAUGAUUAUUUACCUAAAAACAGAGAUUAUCCAGUGAAUGAACUGAGCAUAUCAUUAGUUGCAAACUUGCUGUUUUUUUCUUUAUAACAGGUUAUUCUUAUGUCACAUUUAACUAAAAGGUUCUAGGAGAGAAAAGGGAUCUCAUUAUACAAAAGUCAUCUAACAUCCAAAGAACCAAACACUUUGAUCCAAACCAGGUGGAUCAACGACCCAAUACUGUAAAAUGCACAACAUGGAGCACAGCUGUUGAUUUUCCCAGCACAACAAUGCACAUUCCCAUGCUUUCCACACCGCGUGUCUAAAGCACAGACGAGGCACACUCCCUAAACAGGCACAGCUAGCAUAGCGCAAACAUAGCACAUUAGGAGCAUCUGCUGGCUUCAGAAGCUGAAAAGCUACAUUUUAGAUUUUUAUUCAGUCAAUAUUUACACACCACUAUAUUAAAGUGUAUCAAAGACUUUAGUUUAUGAGCAAAAAAUGAGUUAUAAUGAAAUAUGUACACCAAUUAGUGGCCUUUAGCUGCUGUAAAGAACUAGGUUUGUCGUAAGCUAACAUUAGCUUUGGAUUCCCCGAUAAAUGACCUACAUUUAUCUACUAAUUCUGAGUAUAAAAUAUAUACCAAGUACAAAUGAAAUAUGCAGUACUCAACAUGGAUUUCUGAACUAGCAUUAGCAUACAGUAGAGCCGCAAAUAUUUUCAUUCAUGUUUUGAUUUAACUUAAUUGUUGCAGUGCAGCCUGAUUCUGUCAAUCUUUAGUUAUAAAGAAUUUCAACAGAAAAUCCUAAGGAUCCUUUGCAAAAAGUGGUAAAUCUAAUGUUUUUUUAGUAUACAAGUAUAGCAAGUAUACUAUAGGCCAGUGGUGGGCAAACUAUGGCCAGCACUGACCAGACAAACUGGAAUACAUUUUAUUGAUAAUCAUCAGAAAUGUUAAAUUCUCCCUUUAAUUCUGGUAUUUACCAAACGAUGGCGCCACAUAAAUACAUGAAUCUUUGUUUAGUUAUUCUCCAUUCAUGUGGUUUGUUGAUUUUCUCACUUGUUUCCCGAGACAGAACGUCAUUUGUCUGAUCUUUCUAACACCACAUGAACGCAGCAUUUGCAUUUUUCCACCCAUUGGUGCAAUUGGCCCUAAAAUGAGUACAAAAGCAAACGUUUUUUAAUAAAAUCUCCAAAAUGUUGUGUUUUAAAGCAUAUCCAUUCAUGUUCAUGUUUUUGUCAAGAUUCCAUGUUAUUUUUAUCUUUUAUGAGGUGAAAUUACCAAAACAUGAAAUGGAUCUGCUCCUGGUCUGGCACUAUUGUCAUAUUUUAGAAUCCUUUGUGGCCCACGAGUCAAAAAGUUUGCCCACCCCUGCUGUAGACCAUCUGUGUUUGGUGUAGAAGUAUUUGAAUACUUCUUCAGACGAAAAUAGAAUAUUUUAAGUUUGCAAUAGGAUCUAAAAAGUAAACAUUAAGUAAACUGCCUCACUAUAUAGUAUACUUUUGGUACACUUAAAUAGACUACUUCUUGCUAAGGAGAUACAGAAAAUCCAACUCAGUCUAUUAAACUACAGGAUAAUCUGAACUUAAGUUUUUUAAUUAUGUACUACGUGCACAUCAGGCAUGUGGUGCACUUUCAAGAACGGGCAUUCUUGAAUGUUUUUAGCAUAAGGAGUUCACUGUUGUGACUCCAUGCUAGCUCAGUAGGAAGCAGCUUUGUUCGAAAUGCCAAAGCGGUACAAAUCUGGUGAAUCUUGCUCCAGGUUUUUUCUUUCACAGCUCUGUUCCGAUUUAUGAAAGACUUGCAACCUUAUAACUCUAUACAGACACAAACCCCCAACUACUAAUUUCUCCUCCACGAUCAAUAUUCAAACCCUCGUCAAUGCCGUGAAUUGAAAACGACGGUAUCCAUAUGUCACUACCAAAUCCAAGACCCUUAUUGGUCAAAGUUCAAUUGGUUUAUCUUUCAACAUAUAUUCAAUGGCUGUUAAUUUUUUACUUAAAGCCCAAAAUGGUCGUGUGAAGUUGCAUGGCGACACUUAAACACAAGAGUUUUGAACGCAGAAGCCUGAAACAGGGUUGACGCGCACGUACAUAGACCUUUCAUUGGAAAUGGUCGCUUGAACGUGCUUUUCACAUCCUGGCGUGAACGUAGUAUUAAGGAUAUUUUAGUAGGUUCCUUAAAGAUUUUAUUAUAUUAAAUAUUUAAAAUUAUGCUAGAAAUGACUAAAAGCCCAAAGUUUUCAUUGACGGUGAAAUCCUGAGGCUGUGACUGAACUGUUUUUGAAAGCCACACAUCAGAGACAUCAUCUGCUCUUGCUUUAUGCAAUUCAUUUUUGUUCUUUUAUAAACUUUAAUAUAUAUAUAUUCAUCAAAGGUGCCAACUCCUAAUGAUUUGUUAGGUACAAUGAUUUGAAGCUUUAAUGUCAAAGGUGCUCCUCCUCCUUCUCUCAGCCCGUGUUGUGUUUGUGUCCUUUCAGACGCCUGAACAGCCAUGUUUCUCAGACAAUUUGCUUGCUAUUUCGUGUAAAGGUCCACUCUCAGGACUUAAGUGCCACAGCUACCAUUCUCUUAUUAAUGCUCUUCUCAAUAAAUGUGUUUACUGUGUUAAUAAGCUGA